AUGCCGUACAAUACCCGUCGCAAAUCACUAUCCCUCCCCUCGUUAGGCAUCCAUCUCCCCAACUCGUCACGUCGCUCUCCCUCCAUCUCAAAAGGCGCAUCCGAGGAUCAACACCCUGCCAAAAAAGUGAAGCGAUCGCAUACUUCAUUAUCACCGGAGCCUUCAACGAAAAAGGGAUCACUCGUGCGCGCCGGCCGGAACGGAGCCUUCGAGCAGACACCUCCCCCCCUCACCUUUGGAUGGCGGAAAAUCGAUACCGAGGGUAUCAAUGAUGAUAUCGUCGUGGCCGUGAUCGAUCAGUUGGAGAAGACUGGGAAUCGUCCCCAUUUAGUGAAGGAGCUAGCCGCGGUUUUGGUUUCGCUGAAUGCGACUGUCGCAAAUUCCGCAAACCCCGCUGCGCUCCUGUCUUCCCGACUCGCAGCUUACAUGAAGCGUCCUUGGACAGCUCUUGCGCCAUGCCCCAUGGCCAAGGAACUUAUCUUAAUCCACCCACGCAAAGUCUACUAUUAUCUGACGACUUGCCCCCGUCAACCUACCCCGGAGAAUGAUGAUCUAAUCGGCAUCGAUGGAAAGAACUUAACUCCUAGCGUCUCUAGCCUGGACCAAGAUGAGGAUGAUAUGAUUUCGCGACAGCGCAGCCCAAGCCCCGAAGUGGAUCUGUCAUCGCCAGACUUUGAAGAAGGAGAAAAUGUCGAUUUGGAUGGUUCCGACUGCGGCACUCCCACUGAUCAGUUCCCCGACCAUACUAGCCAUAAGCGCUUAAUGCACUCAAAUCGUGCGGCCUCCCCGCCCCUGGAGGGCGAUGAGAAGGAAUUCACUCAGACCGCCAGCGCCGUGCGUGAGCGUGCUUCGGAAGAAAAGGCCAGCCGUGAACAGUCUGCCGAACGCGGAAUUUCAGUCUUGUCAGAGAGUCUCAGCGCCAUGGAUGAGGAUAAGAAUAAUGAUUCGCCUAUGAACGGUGGAUCUAUCACACCCUCCAUCCACGGCGAAGAAGAGUUUAAUGAUUAUUUCUCUCACGUGGUAGACAAUGAGUCUCGCGAUCUGGAUGAGGCCGCCGCCGCUACCCUUUUCGGCACCUCACCUUCUCCCUCUCUCACCUCUGUCGCGUCGUCUGUCUCGUCUGGAACGAGCGCGGUCAGCGAUAGUGGUCUUGAUGUUGAUGAGCAGGUCGACACUCUGCCAACUACUCCACAAAUCAGCCUUCCCGCUGAUCCGGAUGUUGCCCCUGUCUCAACUCUGAAGCGAUCUCUAGAUAUGCUGAACAGCGGUUUCCCAGAUGUUGAUUUUAAGAUGUCUGAUCUGACAGAGUCACACGAGAAGCUCAGUAUUGGCCCUCGCCACUUCGCUAAUUUGGACUCUGAACCUGUCUUCGAUUCCUGGAGAGAGUUGCAAAACCCCGAGACUGUCGAGGUAGACGAGCUUGACGAAAUGUUUGGCGAAAUCUAA